AUGAUUUGGCAGUGGUUCCAUUUUUUUUUAUCCUGCAUAAUAUUAAAUGUUACUGCAGAAUCAUAUUACAGCAUAAUAGCUCCAAAGGUAAUACGAGCUGAUUCUGAAUAUCAUGUAGCUGUAAGUACCACUGGUAUAUCAACACCAUCAACAAUAUAUAUUGAACUGAAUGGAUUGCUUGAUAAUGGAGAAAUAUUCAAUGUAUCUCAAGUUAUACGUGUACAGCCAUACAUGACAAGAAUUUUACAAUUUGAGAUUGGUGAUAUUAUUCCUGGCAAAUAUCAAUUAAUUGCACGUGGUUUGUCAGGAAUAGAAUUUUCAAAUUCUAAAUCAAUAGAUUAUGUUCUCAAAAGUUAUUCAGUUUUUAUUCAAACUGACAGAGCAAUUUAUAAACCAGGAAAUAAAGUUAUGUUUCGAUGUAUUUUAUUGAAUUCUAGACUUAGACCUACACUUGAAAGAUUAGUAGAUAUUUAUAUUACAGAUGGAAAAGGAAAUAGAAUUAAACAAUGGAUUCGCCCACCUGUAACUCAUGGAAUUUUUAAUGGAGAAAUUGAACUAUCUGAAUUUCCAGUUUUAGGUACUUGGAAAAUUACAGCUAAUGUUGGAGAUCAAACAUUUGAAAAAGAUUUUGAAGUUGCUGAAUAUGUAUUACCUAAUUUUGAAGUAACAAUUGAUGCUUCUAAACAUUUUACAUUUAAAGAAUCAAAAAUCACUGCAACAAUUUAUGCCAAGUAUAUUUAUGGUAAACCAGUAAAAGGCGAAGCAACAAUUACAGCUUAUCCAGAUAUUUUUUCUGGUGUAAUACAACCAAUAUAUCAACAACCUGUACGAAAAGUAAUUCCUAUAAAUGGAAAAGUAAUUGUUGAUUUUGAUAUUCAUGAUGAAUUAAAAUUAACUGAUGAAUAUGAAAGACCAGUCAUGCUUGAUGUUACAGUAGAAGAAUCUUUAACUGGUAGAAGACAGAACAUUUCUACACAUAUAACAUUACAUAAAAAUAAAUAUACAAUGGAUUUAAUAAAAACAUCAGAGUAUUAUAAACCAGGAUUAAAAUAUACAGCAUUUAUAAAAAUAACAUAUCAUGAUGGAACACCAGUAAGAGAUAACAAAAAUCCUGUUACGAUAAAAUAUGGAUAUAGUUACAAUAUUGAUAAUCAAUCUAUAUAUACAAAUAUUACUGGUAUGCUGGAUGAAAAUGGAAUGGUAAAAUUAGAUUUUUAUCCACCAAAAACUAAUGAUAAUAUUUCUUAUCCUUUAAACAUUGAGGCUCAAUAUUUAAAUCUUUAUGAAUGGUUUCCAUCAACAAAUCAAGCUAUGUCUCAAAAUAAUGAAUAUAUACAAGCUAUUUUGAAAACUGAAAAACCUAUGGUUAAUCAAGAUAUAGAAAUUGAAGUCAAUUCUACAAUUCCAUUGAAAUAUAUUAAUUAUGAAAUAUUUGGACGCGGCGAUAUAUUGGAUGCAGGUUCUAUAUAUGUACAAAAUAAACAUACAACAAAUUUUAAAUUCUUAGCAACAUAUGUUAUGGCUCCUACUGCACAUGUAAUUGUAUAUUAUGUAGGAAAUGAUGGUGAAGUCAUUGCAGAUGCUUUAGAUGUAGAGCUAGAAGGAGUACUUCAAAAUUUUGUUGAUAUUAAAAUGGCACCUGAAGAAGUUGCACCAGGAGAAAAUGUUAAUUUAAUUAUUACAUCAAAACCAAAUUCAUAUAUUGGAUUAUUAGGUGUAGAUCAAAGAUCUCUUCUAUUAAAAUCUGGCAAUGAUAUUUCAUAUGAACAAGUAUAUAAAGAAUUAAAAUCAUAUGAUAAUGCACAUGAAUCACCUUAUGCAAAUUCCAUUUUUGAUCGAUAUUUAUGGAGUCCUGGUUCAGCUACAGCAAAAGAUGUUUUCAGAGAAAGUGGUGCUAUUAUCAUAACAAAUGGAUAUGUUCAUGAAAAUUUACCAAUUAAACAACCAGGAAUACUGGAAGGUAGAAUAACAGGCUCACCUCAUGGAGCAUCCACACUUCGACCAGACCUUGGUCCACCUGUUAUGCACAAACUAGCAACAAGACCACCAUUGGCAGGUCCUUAUGCCUUCUCUCGCAUCCCACCUCCUGUAUGGAAUAAGCCCCGUGUUUUCCUAAUGCAUGACAUCUUAAACACUUGGCUUUUUACAAACUUCUCUGCAGGGCAUGAGGGAAAAAAUGAGCUAAAAAGAAAUGUACCUGAUUCAAUUACAUCAUGGGUGCUUACUGCAUUUUCUGUAAAUGAUGUUCAUGGAUUAGGUCUUAUAAAAGAACCACAAAAGUUAAAAGUUUUUAGACCAUUUUUCAUUGCAAUGGAUCUUCCUUAUUCCGUGAUUCGAGGCGAAAUUGUUGCAAUUCAAAUAGUUGUAUUUAAUUAUAUGAAUAAAAAUGUUGUAGCUGAAGUUUUAUUAACAAAUGAAGGCCAGUUUGAUUUUGCAGAAAUAUCCAAUGAAAUUCAAGAUGUACCAAAAUUAGAAUUAUAUCGUAAAAAGAAAGUAGAAGUAAAAGCUAAUUCUGGAAGCAGCAUAUCCUUCAUGAUUAUUCCACGAGAAUUGGGAUAUAUUACAAUUAAAGCAACUGCAAAUAGUAUACUAGCUGGAGAUAGUGUUAAUCGUAAACUUCUUGUUAAGGCUGAAGGAGAAACGCAAUAUAUAAACAGAGCAACUUUCUUAGAUCUUAGAAAUACAAAAAGUACAUCAAUUAAUGUCACAAUUGAUAUACCCAAAAAUGCUGUUCCAGGUUCAGAACACAUUGAAAUAUCUGCAGUAGGUGAUAUUUUAGGUCCAAGCAUUUUGAAUUUAGCAAAUUUAAUCAAAAUGCCAUCUGGUUGUGGGGAACAAAAUAUGUUAAAUUUUGUUCCAAACAUAAUGAUAUUAAAUUAUCUCAAUAAUACAAAUCAAUUAACACAAGCAGUGCAAAACAAAGCUCUUAGAUAUAUGGAAAUAGGCUAUCAAAGAGAAUUAACUUAUAGACAUAAUGAUGGAUCAUUUAGUGCAUUUGGCAUGUCUGAUAGCAAUGGAAGUACAUGGCUUACAGCAUUUGUUGCAAAAGCUUUUAAACAAGCUGCUGCAUAUAUUCCAAUUGAAGAUAGAAUAAUAGAUGAAGCUUUGCAAUGGUUAUCAAAUAAUCAAGCUCCUAAUGGAAGUUUUCCUGAAGUAGGAAGAGUUAGUCAUCGAGACAUGCAAGGUGGAGCUGCAAAAGGUCUUACAUUGACAGCAUUUACUCUUAUUGCUUUUCUUGAAAAUACAAACACAAAUGGAAAAUAUAGAAACACAAUAAAUAAAGGAAUUGAUUAUAUCGUUCGUAAUAUAAAUGAUCUAGAAGAUGCUUAUGCUUUGAGUAUAUGCACAUAUGCCUUAAAUUUAGCAAAACAUCCAUAUGAAAAUACAGCAUUUAAUUUGCUAGAAUCUAAAGCUAUGACCAAAGAAGAUAUAAAAUGGUGGAAUAAACCGAUACCAGUAAACGAUAAAAAUCCGUGGUAUUAUUCUCUACCACGAUCUGUCGACGUUGAAAUGACAUCUUACUCUUUAUUAACUUAUUUAGAGCGUAAUUUAAUCACUGAUUCUAUACCUAUAAUGAAGUGGCUGGUAAAACAAAGAAAUGCAGAAGGAGGUUUUGCAUCUACACAAGAUACAGUAAUUGGUAUUCAAGCUUUGGCAAAGUUAGGUGAAAAAUUAAUAACAAAAAAUAAUAAUAUUUCUGUAACAUUUUCAUAUGAAGGAGGUGGACAAAGUCAAAUGAAUAUAAAUUCUGAUAAUUCUAUGAUACUUCAAAAACAAUGGUAAA